AUGUCUGCUCCAGGUACUUUGUCGCCGGGCGCCUAUCUGGCAGCCGGCACGCCUCUGAUUGUCGCUUGCGCCGGUUUCGUGGGCAUAAGAUGCGCGAUGAACAUCAAGGUGUACAAAAAGCUUUUUAUUGCGGACUAUGUCUCCAUCCUUGGGUUCGCUUUCGUUACAAUCGUAUUCGCCAUGAACCACGUUAUCAUUCAAAGAUUCGCCAAUCCGCUAGGAUCAUUAAACUGGCUGAAUCGGGUUGCGGUGGUUAUAACGGUCAUUAUCACAUUUGAACUGUGGACAGAAAAAGCACCGAUUCUGCUCAUCUAUGUCCGACUUUUUGGCAUCAAAAAGUGGCUGGAAUACGUCUGCUAUACCAACCUUGCGAUUUCAGCCUUGGCAUAUAUCUGCGCCAUGUCACCCACCUUCAUGCGAUGUGACCCUAACGCCAAAUCGGCGACCCUCGAAGACCUUGGAUACUAA